AGAUGUGUGUCUAAUGUUGCCUACGACAGCCGCUGGGGAUGCCACCACUACUCGUCCUUCGUCAACUAUCCCCUUAACGUGGUCAUCACAGACCAAGAAGACAACGUCAUCUAUCCUGCUUCCAAAUACUUUAAGACCAGUAACCUCUGGUACUAUUUACCAGGUACCGACGACCUCCUGUCAGACGAACUGGUCUUUGUCAACUAUGGGACACCAUUCUACCUCGAGCAGUAUCGGCAGCUCAGAGUCUGGUACGGAGAAGACCUCAAGAACUCGGCAGAGGGCGAUAAUCAAGGCAGAGUGUGUGUUGAUGUUUAUGCUAAGUUUUAUGAUUAAUGGAUUGAAUUCAACCCAAUAAAGAUCUUGCUAAUGAAUAGCUAAAAUAUCAAUAAAUGGUUCCUUAAUUUC